UGUACACAGCAAAUCAGCAGCAGGCAGCUUGGCUGUGAAAGUAGCGGGUUUUGUUUUAUUUUACGUUUAUUUUAAGUCAUCAUGAGUUCCUCCAUGCCGCAGAAGCGUUACUACAGACAGAGAGCUCAUUCAAACCCGAUGGCAGAUCACACGUUCGACUAUCCCGUCUGUCCCGAGGACAUGGACUGGUCUCAGCUCUAUCCAGAAUUUUUCUCCGGCCCCUCCUCUGAGAAAAACUGCUGUCAGGUGGAGUUUGCAGACAUCGGAUGUGGAUAUGGGGGGCUUCUAGUGGAGUUAUCGCCACUUUUCCCAGACAAGCUCAUGUUAGGAAUGGAAAUCCGCGUGAAAGUGUCCGAUUAUGUUCAGGACCGUAUCCAGUCACUGCGUGCAUCUGCUCCUGGGAGCUACCAGAACAUCGCUUGCAUUCGUAGUAAUGCUAUGAAGUACCUACCCAACUUCUUUUUUAAAGGACAGCUCAGUAAGCUGUUUUUUCUCUUCCCUGAUCCUCACUUUAAGAAGACCAAGCACAAGUGGAGGAUCAUUAGCCCCACUUUGUUGGCAGAGUAUGCCUACACACUGAGAGUUGGGGGCUUGGUGUACACCAUCACAGAUGUGGAGGAGGUGCACAUCUGGAUGGUGAAGCACUUCACCGAGCACCCACUAUUUAAACGUGUUCCUGAUGAAGAACUGGAUAAUGAUGUCAUCAUAAGUCGUUUGGGCUCGUGUACAGAGGAAGGAAAGAAGGUUCUGAGAAACGGAGGAAAGAAUUUUCUUGCAGUUUUCCAGAGAAUUGAGGAUACAAGCUAAAACUAAACCUUUUGGCAUUUAAUGUAGAGAAAUAAUAGUUUACAUAUACACAUACUACUUUUAUACCCAAUCAAGAACAUCCUCAGUUCCUAAACGCUUAGAGUGUUGUUAGAAGGAAAGGUGAUGU